AUGUCUGCUGAUACUUCAAAAGAUAACCUCCCUACAACAAAGGAUGUUCCAACCUUCCGUCUUUUCACUGACAUUUGUGCUCAGGCGCCCCCUGAAGAAGAUGUUACCCCUCCCAAAGUUGGUCGAAAGCUUCAAAUUGUCACAAUUGGCCCUCUUUUGGCUGGGAUAAUAAUCGCAGUAAUCAUCUGUCUUAUUUUUCUUUUUUCCGAAUACCUCAAUUGAACAAAAGAUGCAAAAACAUAUUUAAUUGACCAAGAACUUCAGCAUCUUCAACGAGUGGCCUCAGCCAGAGCUCAGACCCUCAGUUCUUAUCUUUCUAAUGUGAAUUUUAUUUAGAUUGCCCAAGAAUUAGAAUUUUUAAGCGAAGUUAAGACAAGCGUUGAAAAUAACUCAAUUACGCUAUCAAGCCAAAUGACGAUCCCUUCCUAUGUCAACGCACGUACAGAUACUGAAACGAGUAAAAAUUAGCCAGGUUACCCUCAGCUGAAGAAGUCUGAGUGAUAUGCUGCAAGCACAUCAACGACCCUAGACAACUCUGCGACUUAUUAUUAUUCUACUAUGUUUGUGGAUAUGCUAGCAAGAGUUAUAUAUAAUAAUACUGAUGAUAUCCACCAGAUUGGAACCAUAAUUGACAGGGAUGCUAUUGACUUUCGGUAUCCGUUAGAAAACAUGACUUAUGUAAACCAACUUUAUAAUUUUACUGAAACUUGUGCUAAACAGAAUGUAAUUAUGGACCCCAGAUGCACUGAAACUUAUGCAGCGCUUCUUUCUGCAGGCGACUCUGUAGUGAAAAACUUAAUGGUUUAUUUUGAGUAUACCUACUUAAAUAUUUUCAGAAAAUAUUCUAUAGGAGCUAUCGCGCAAUACUCUCCAAAUGACGCAUUCUUCACAUAUAUGAACCUUUACUCCGACUAUACAUAUUUUUUGACCCACUAUGAGGGGUUAUGGGUGCUAGCGAUUGACCAGAAUAGCUAUAAGGAUUUCGAAGGAAAAGACGUGUGGAAUGCUCUAUUUCCUGAUGAUCCUGAGCUUGCUCAAAAAGUCCAAGACGAUAUAAUUCCAGAAAUGAAGAACUACUCAACAGGAAGUCAAGAAAUUUCAAGCUCUAGCAGUGAUAAACUAAUGGGAUAUGCACCACUAGAUAUAGCAACUGGUAGAGAUUCUGAUGAAAAAAAUUUAGCUGUCGGGGUUUACAUCUCAAGGGCAGCUGUGCUGAAUGAUUAUAAUGAUAUGACUCAUGAUUUAUUGAUAAUCAUUGUCAUUAUGCUCAUAAUUUUCUUUAUUUUCUUACUUGUAACCAUCUUAUGUGCGAUUAUGCUAGCUUUUUCUAUCACUCAUAGGCUGCUUGAGCCUAUGCAGCUGAUGGAAUCCUGCCUUAAAGGUACUUUAUCAUUGAAUUCUAUAUCCAAAAACUAUAAUGCAGAAACCAAUGUGAUUUUUAAAUACUUGAGGAUGGUUCAAGUGCAAGAAGCAUUCAUUUAUCCACGGUUUUUGCUACACCCUAGGCUUGAAAUACGCAUUCAAAACCUUAAAGCUGCUAGGAAGUUUUUCAAAAUGACUGAAAACAGACGUGGCUAUGCAAUCACAAAUAAUCUGCUGGGAAAUGAUUAUUUCCAGAAGAAAAAUUACUUGCAAGCUAUUAAUGCUUACUCAAAGUCAUUGAAAAGUAUGGAAGAUUUACUGAAAAAAGUAGAGAAACAAGAAGAGGACGAAAAAAGUUUGACACCAGAAGAGAGGGCAAAGUUGCAGCUGGACAUAGGAAAAAACUACUCAGGAUGGGAGCCAGAAAAAGAGUUUUUAAGAGGCGAUAUAACGCAAAGGUUAAUGCAGCUUUGCAUGGCGAAAAUGGCAUACCUAGAAGAGGAAUCAGCUCCCGUAGUAGAAUUAAGGGCAGAUUGAAAAGAGUUAUUAGAGUUGAUGACUAGAGCUCUUGAUUAUUAUAUAGCAACUGCUACAAGAUAUGAAAUUGUCUUGAAGUUACUUAUCGACAUGUCCUAUGUUUUCCAAAAUCUGCAAUAUUACCACUCUGCAACUGAACUUCUUGACCUGAUUAAUGAGACUCUUUGAAGACUUGACAGUGGAAUUAGUGCUGAAGCGGAUAUUGACACCAUUAGACUAAGAAGGAUUGGAAUUUUUACUAAAGACCAAGGUGAUGGAAAGAUGAUCCACUUCAAUGUCUCAGGGCUGUCUCACGAAAAAGACAUCUUAUGGCAACAAUUAUUCUAUAGAACUGCUAUAAUUAUGAAAGAAAACGAUAAAUACACGGAAGCAGCCUAUGCCUUCACCCAAGCUAUCGUAAAAAAUAUUUACUCCCCCCCCCCCCCCUCCGUGAGCGAACAAAAAAAUUUUUGUUCGCUCACGGAGGGGGGGUUUAAUUUUUUUUUUUUAAAAAAAUUUAUAUAUAAAAUUUAUAUAAAAAUAUUUUUUUUCGAAAUUUAAAAAAAAAUCCUAAUUUGCAAAAAUUGGGAAGCAAAUAUUAAUUUAAUUUGCAAAAAUUUAUGUUUUAAAACGCAAUUUGUUUAAAAUUAAACAGAAUUAGCUCUAGAUUUCAUUAUACUAAUUAUCACUUAUAUAUCAAAAUUUUUUUCCAUUAAAAUUUUUUCUAUUAAAAAAAUUUUUGUUCACUCACGGAGGGUGGGUUUUUGGUCAAAAAAUGCCGAUUUUUCUAAUGGUUUUGUUCGCUCACGGAGGGGGGGGGGGGAGUUAGGAAAAAGGGACUGUAUAUGACCCAGCAAUCAGAAGAGCAGCGAUUCGUGAAAUGUAUGGACUAAUCAAUAAAUUUGGCAUGCUAAACCAAUGCAGAGAGCUGAAGCAGAUAUAUAAAGCUCAGCAGAUUAAGAAAAGAUCGAUUUUAUUUGUGUUUUAUUACGAUGUUUCUUUACUGAAAACCAUAAACCAAGAAAUCGUUAAAUGGAUAGGCAAAGAAAUCGAGCCAGAAAAUCAAAAAAUCGGAGCAAUGCUGAUGAGCAUGCAUGAGAACAGAGUCUUAGACAUAAUUGAACGUGAUUUUCCUUCAAUGGAUAUUGACCACUUAUUUGUAAGAGCGCAGUAUGAUACGCAGAGAGAUUAUAUAUAUGAUGUGAUAAUGAGAGGAUAUAGAAUGUUUGGGAAUGAUUCUAAUGAAAAAUAUAUUGUGUUAUUUGUAAAGUCGAUAUCCGAAAAAGGAGGGUCUGCAGUUUUAUUAGACCUUGAUGAAAUCGCUGAUAAAGAUGUUCAAUUGAUUGCUGUGCAGCUAGAUGAUCCUUUCCCAGUUGACUUAGAUGAUUUUCUCAGGAAUAAAACUUAUCCUCAUAUAGUCUGCGAUCAGUCUGUUGAGCCAUAUUCAAAGACUUUCUCUAAAAUCCAUGAUUUAAUCUUUAGUUCCACUGAUGACCUUUAA